AUGGCGGCCCGCCGCACGCCGUGCUCGGGCGCUCGCCGCUCCUGUGUAGUGAGGCGGCGGCUCCCAGUCCGUGCUGUGGAUGCAGCGCGGCAGGCUCCGGGAACAAUGGCUGUGAGUGACCCGAUUACCAAGCCCGGCCUCCAGCUGUGGCCAGCCACCACUAACCGGGCCAGGUCAGGCCUGCAGCUCCCGAGGCCACCGCUGGGCUCCCCGGAAUACAUGACGACCGCGUGCGCCCACACUUCCCAGGCGGCCAACACGGAGACGAUACGAAUACAAAGCUACGAGCUGGUCUUUACACAAAACGAGCAAUGCAAGGAGAAAAAGGCAGGAGAAGGCAAGGAGAAAAAGGCAGGAGAAGGCAAGGAGAAAAAGGCAACGAGAAGGCAAGGAGAAAAAGGCAACGAGAAGGCAAGGAGAAAAAGGCAACGAGAAGGCAAGGAGAAAAAGGCAACGAGAAGGCAAGGAGAAAAAGGCAACGAGAAGGCAAGGAGAAAAAGGCAACGAGAAGGCAAGGAGAAAAAGGCAACGAGAAGGCAAGGAGAAAAAGGCAACGAGAAGGCAAGGAGAAAAAGGCAACGAGAAGGCAAGGAGAAAAAGGCAACGAGAAGGCAAGGAGAAAAAGGCAACGAGAAGGCAAGGAGAAAAAGGCAACGAGAAGGCAAGGAGAAAAAGGCAACGAGAAGGCAAGGAGAAAAAGGCAACGAGAAGGCAAGGAGAAAAAGGCAACGAGAAGGCAAGGAGAAAAAGGCAACGAGAAGGCAAGGAGAAAAAGGCAACGAGAAGGCAAGGAGAAAAAGGCAACGAGAAGGCAAGGAGAAAAAGGCAACGAGAAGGCAAGGAGAAAAAGGCAACGAGAAGGCAAGGAGAAAAAGGCAACGAGAAGGCAAGGAGAAAAAGGCAACGAGAAGGCAAGGAGAAAAAGGCAACGAGAAGGCAAGGAGAAAAAGGCAACGAGAAGGCAAGGAGAAAAAGGCAACGAGAAGGCAAGGAGAAAAAGGCAACGAGAAGGCAAGGAGAAAAAGGCAACGAGAAGGCAAGGAGAAAAAGGCAACGAGAAGGCAAGGAGAAAAAGGCAACGAGAAGGCAAGGAGAAAAAGGCAACGAGAAGGCAAGGAGAAAAAGGCAACGAGAAGGCAAGGAGAAAAAGGCAACGAGAAGGCAAGGAGAAAAAGGCAACGAGAAGGCAAGGAGAAAAAGGCAACGAGAAGGCAAGGAGAAAAAGGCAACGAGAAGGCAAGGAGAAAAAGGCAACGAGAAGGCAAGGAGAAAAAGGCAACGAGAAGGCAAGGAGAAAAAGGCAACGAGAAGGCAAGGAGAAAAAGGCAACGAGAAGGCAAGGAGAAAAAGGCAACGAGAAGGCAAGGAGAAAAAGGCAACGAGAAGGCAAGGAGAAAAAGGCAACGAGAAGGCAAGGAGAAAAAGGCAACGAGAAGGCAAGGAGAAAAAGGCAACGAGAAGGCAAGGAGAAAAAGGCAACGAGAAGGCAAGGAGAAAAAGGCAACGAGAAGGCAAGGAGAAAAAGGCAACGAGAAGGCAAGGAGAAAAAGGCAACGAGAAGGCAAGGAGAAAAAGGCAACGAGAAGGCAAGGAGAAAAAGGCAACGAGAAGGCAAGGAGAAAAAGGCAACGAGAAGGCAAGGAGAAAAAGGCAACGAGAAGGCAAGGAGAAAAAGGCAACGAGAAGGCAAGGAGAAAAAGGCAACGAGAAGGCAAGGAGAAAAAGGCAACGAGAAGGCAAGGAGAAAAAGGCAACGAGAAGCAGAGGAAAUGGCUGUGCGCCUGCAAGGUGGCUGGAUGGCUGCGCUCGAGCCGGCUGUACGAUCCCCCUGGAGGCCAGGUGUUGCCUCCGACCCCGGCAGCAGCCUGCCAGACCUGGGAACUGGGUCCCAUUGUCAGACCCUACCCGGUUGCGCGCAGCUCCGCCACUAUAAAAUAA